AUGCAUUUCCUGAGCAAGGUGUCCCGGGAAGAGCCGGAACCACUGCCUCCUACCGACUGGGAGGGGGGUUACUUCUGCCAACAUGUAGCUGUCUUUGUCCUCUUCUACUUUAGCUGCAUGGUGAUUGUCCUGGCCUCUUACAGCUCCUUCUUACAGAUUUACAAUGCUGUUCGCACACUUGUGAAGAGUUGCAGGAAGAUUCAGUCAGUGGAAUGCAAGUCGAGUGGUCCAAACGGCUUCUCGCUGCUCUGCCUGGUGGCAGCACUGAAGAGGACGGUUGGAGGCAUGCUGGGAGCAGUCUUCGGACAAGGGAACGAUGCCAAGGCACACAGAAGGGUCCGCUACUCGCUGGAGCGGAUGAUGCCCCUGGCCAAGAAGCAAGUGAAGCACAUGAGGCCAGGCAGGCAUUACAAGAGGCACCAGGCCCAACACAUCCAUUCAUCCAGUGGUGAAAUCCUGUGUUACUUGCCACGCAAAAUGCUGUCAUAUCCAUACGCCAAGGAGGCCUCGAUGGACACCUUUCAGUAUGGGGACUUCAACUUUGUGAACGUGUGGAAGUCCAGGUAUAGCAAGUCUGACUACAGGUAUGUACAGUCAGGUAGAGAGCAGGGCUUGAGAUCAGCUAGCAUAGCCAGCUUUGAAAAUAGACUCAAGGUGAGACCCAAGCUGCGAUUGCCAUUUUGCGGCUACAAGAGAACCCAUUUCAUCUAAAGCAAUGAUAUUAAAACCCCAACCCCAUCCACCACCAACAAAGAAAUCGAGGUGGGGGGACAGCAGAAGCGGAAAUUUCUAGGAGAUUGUAAAAAUCAGAAGAUAUGAGA